AUGGGUGAUCGCCGUCCCCUUACCCAGGGACAGCACCCAGGAGGGGCUUCAGGUGUCUCAUCGGGUGAAACCAACAUGACGAUUAGUCCAUAUCCUGAAUUGCAGCAUGACCUUGGUGAGGUUUACAGGAAAUACAAACAGUAUGCAGAGAUCAUUACCGAAGGAGUCCCAUUGGCCCCUCUAUUCUACGACUCGAUUUUCUGCUCUGAGGUAGAAAAGACAGCUGCUAGAAUCUUUGGCCAGCCACGCCCACGCAUGGUUGGAGGCGAUACCCAGAAUCCCAUUGAAUGGACUGAUGUCCUUCGUGAAAUGCUCACUCCUAGGGACUUCCAACGCCAACCAAAUGGUAUGUACCUGUGCUGCGUUCGAGGAAGCUUGAUUGAGAUCACCGAGGCCAAUUACAUUGAAAUCCUCACUGGCGUCACUGAACGACUUUUGCAGCCAUUGCAAAACUUGUCGGACGAACAGAAGGAAACUCGAGUCCGUCUUAAACUGAGUUCCAACCUGCAUCAGACACACCACAACCUCGUCCAAUUUGCCAACACAAUCCGAGCAUCUAUUGAAGCCUUAAAUGGAUCCCCAUCUAUUGAUGUUGCAAAUUCCGGCCCCACUGGACAUGAAGUUCAACCGCCUACCCCACUGGUCAAAACCGAAGACGCAUCCCACGCUACUGGUACUGCUGCGGAUAACGAACAUGCAGAAGGUUCUCGUGGCUCAAAGAGACCCCCACCUGAGUCCUAUUACAGCGAGGAAUGGAGCAAGCCACAUCCCGGUAGAAGAUACUCUCAACUGGAAGAGGAAGAGGGUCCAGAAUUUGUGAAGUCUCUGGUCGACAAAGGAUCCACUACCACCGAAGUUGAAGAGGAAUACGCCCAUAUUUUUGGGGUUACCCGGACUGCUGGUGCUAUUUUCAAGAAGUUCAAAAUCAAAGGGACUUGGGCGUUGUUGAAACCACUCCGAGAGGCAAAGAAGCAGAAGACUAUGUCUUGCUAUGAUCGACACACAUGCUCACCCUAUGGGGUUGGAGCCGGGUGGGCUCAGGAGGAUACUGAAUUUAUGAGAUGGGAGGGAAUUUGA